AACUGUUCUGUGCCUUUAACAACGUGGAAUCCAUAAAUGGAAACUGGAAUACAGACGUUUCUGUAGAGAUUUCACUGGAUACUCCAUAUUUCAUCAGAUUUUUUUAGGUCCCAGAUAAACAAUGAAGAUAAUUGCCAGUAAAACAAAUCCUCCACUGGGUGGUUUAUUUGUUGCAGAAUAUGUGAAAAUUUUGAAUAAAACUCCUCUUGAACUUACUUGGGACGCAGAGAGUUUUGUGGAAAAAAUCAACUGUAAGACAAGCAAUGAUGUCGCAAGAGCUGUUGCUAAGCUAUUUUACCCUGAAAUAUAUGGGGGCUCAGCAUUAGAAACAACGGAAAUAGAUCAUUGGCUCACAUUUGCUUUAGGGCCCCUUACCAACAAAAACGAUUUUCCAAACAGUCUUGACAAACUAAAUAAAGCUUUGGGACCUGUUACAUAUUUGGUAGCUAAAAAGAUAACAAUUGCAGAUUUUAUUGUGUUUGGUAGUUUAUAUGUCAAUAAACAAUGGCAAGACCAAAUGAAAUCUAAAUCAGCUCCAAUAAAUGUGCUUCGUUGGUAUAACUUUUUAAAUGCUCAAGAAGCUGUAAAAAAUACACUUAAUAGCUUACCUUCAGAUGUCAGAGCCAAUUUAAACCAACAAGAUAAAGGCAGUGUCAAAAAUGAAAAAGCUGCAGUGGGUAAUAGAGCACAAGAAGGAAAAUUUGUAGACUUACCAUUUGCUGAAAUGGGAAAAGUGAUAGUUAGAUUUCCACCAGAAGCAUCAGGCUAUUUACAUAUUGGUCAUGCUAAAGCUGCUUUACUCAACCAAUAUUACCAAGAAGCUUUCCAAGGAAAACUCAUCAUGCGUUUUGAUGACACAAAUCCUGCAAAAGAAAACGCACAUUUUGAAAAAGUUAUUUUGGAAGAUGUUGCUUUGUUACAAAUCAAACCUGAUAUAUUUACACAUACCUCUCAGUAUUUUGAUUUGAUGAUUGAAUACUGUGAAAAAUUGUUAACAGAGGGAAAAGCUUAUGUAGAUGACACAGAACCUGAACUAAUGAAGACACAGAGGGAACAGAGGAUUGAGUCAGCUAACAGAAAAAAUGAUGCAAAGAAGAACUUUGCAAUGUGGGAAGAAAUGAAAAAAGGUACAGAGAAAGGUCAAAAAUGUUGUGUUAGAGCAAAAAUGUUUAUGGAUUCUCCCAAUGGUUGUAUGAGAGACCCAACUAUUUACAGAUGUAAAAAUGAACUCCAUCCAAGAACAGGAGACAAAUACAAGGUAUAUCCAACCUAUGACUUUGCUUGUCCAAUUGUAGAUGCCAUCGAAAAUGUAACUCAUGUUUUACGGACAAUGGAGUAUCAUGAUCGUGAUGACCAAUUUUAUUGGUUCAUUGAAGCUUUGGGUCUGAGAAGACCUCAUAUUUGGGAAUACAGUAGAUUGUCAAUGACGAACACUGUUCUCAGUAAAAGAAAAUUAACAUGGUUUGUUAAUGAGGGCUUAGUAGAUGGUUGGGAUGAUCCUCGGAUGCCAACAGUGCGUGGAGUUUUAAGGAGAGGUAUGACAGUGCAAGGUUUAAAAGAAUUCAUUAUAGCUCAAGGGUCCAGUAGGUCAGUUGUAUUUAUGGAAUGGGACAAAAUUUGGUCCUUUAAUAAGAAGGUAAUAGAUCCUAUUGCUCCUCGGUAUACAGCAGUUGAAAUUGAAAAUCCGGUACCGGUUUUAGUUAAAGGGGUAAAAGAGGAGUGCCUUAUUGUUCCUAAACAUCCUAAAAAUGGUGAUGUUGGAAACAAACAAGUUUGGGUCGGUCCAAAAGUGCUCAUUGAUAGAGUAGAUGCAGAAGCAUUGAAAGAAGGAGAAAACGCAACUUUUAUUCAUUGGGGAAACUUGCUUGUUAAUAAAAUAAUCAGAGAUAAAGGCAAAAUCAUUGCUAUAGAAGCCCAACCUAAUUUGGAAAAUAAAGACUACAAAAAGACAUUAAAACUUACCUUCUUGGCAGAAGUUGAAGCAGCUCCAUUCACACCAACAUAUUGUGUUUAUUUUGAUCACAUUAUCAAUAAGGCUGUACUAGGAAAAGAUGAAGACUUUAAACAGUAUAUUGGCCAUGAAACAAGGAAAGAAAUUGAAAUGCUGGGUGAUCCUGAAUUAAGAUCAUUAAAGUCAGGUGAUAUUAUCCAACUUCAAAGGAGAGGAUUUUUCAGAGUAGAUGUAGCUUAUCAACAAGCUAGUUUACAUACUUAUAGAGAGCAACCCAUUAUUUUGUUUCAUGUUCCCGAUGGACAUGCUAAAGAGAGUAUACCUGGAAAAGUAGCACAACCUGCAAAUGGUAAUAUAAAGACUAGUAAAGAAUCGCCUAAAACUACACCAAAAUCCGCCAUAAACGUAAACGCCGAAAUUAUUAAACAAGGGGAUGUUGUCCGGAAAUUAAAAGAACAGAAAGCUGCAAAGGGCGAUAUUGAUAGUGCUGUGAAAACUCUUUUAGCAUUAAAAGCCGAUUACAAAACUCUUACUAAAAGUGACUGGAAACCAGGGUGUAUACCUCCUGCUGAAGAGACUCCUUUGGGAAAAUCUAGUGAUAGCGCUGGUGAUAUUAGUAUUAAAAUUGCUGCACAAGGCGAUAAGGUCAGACAAUUAAAAUCUCAAAAAGCUGACAAAGCUACAAUUGAUGCUGCAGUAAAAACUCUUCUUUCUCUAAAAUCCGAUUAUAAAGCUACAACUGGUAUAGAUUGGGUUCCUGAACAAGCUGUAUCUUCACCAGCGGUAGUAACUCACCAAGCUACUCAAAUUUUAGACGAGAACUCUCUUUUACAAAAAAUUGCAGCACAGGGCGAUAAAGUUAGGGAUUUAAAGACAAAAAAAGCGGAUAAAACUAGUGUCGAUGCUGAAGUUAAAGCACUGUUAAGUUUUAAGGCUGAUUAUAAAAAAUUAACAGGUAAAGACUGGAAACCUGGAACUGUAGCUACUACCCCGGUAACUGUCUUACCUACACUUGCAUCAGCAACACCUGCAUCCCCUGAUUCUUCAAAUUUUAGUAUAGAUGAAAAUAGUCUUUUGUUAAAUAUAUCUACUCAGGGUGAUGCUGUUAGAAAACUAAAAACAGAUAAAGCAGAUAAAUCAAAAGUGGAUGAAGAAGUUAAAAAAUUGCUACAGCUUAAAGUGGAUUUUAAAAAUCUAACUGGCAAAGACUGGAAACCAAAUAUGAAACCAGAACCAUCUGUCAAUGCAUCUGUAAGUGCCGGAGGAGAUAAUAGCAAAGAAGGACUUACAGCUAAAAUAACAGACCAGGGAAAUUUGGUUAGAGAUUUGAAAGCUAAAAAAGCCACAAAAGAUGAAAUAGAUGCUGCAGUAAAAAUGCUUUUAGAUUUAAAGUCGGAAUACAAAACUUUAACUGGUAUAGAUUUUCCUGUAGCUGGACGAGCCCCUUCCAAGGCUAAGGAGAGCAAACCUGCUGCUGCAGCUAAAGAAAAGGUAUCCAAAUCAAAACCUGUCCAAAAAGAAAAGAAGCCUGUUCCUGUAGAGGGAGAUGACGGUGGUGUUAAAAAACAAACGAGACUGGGUCUUGAAGCAAAAAAAGAAGAAAAUCUCUCAGACUGGUACUCUCAAGUUAUCACAAAAGGAGAGCUGAUUGAAUAUUACGACGUCUCUGGCUGUUACAUCCUCAGACCUUGGUCUUUUGCUGUUUGGGAAGCUAUUAGAGAUUGGUUUGAUGCUGAAAUUAAGAAAUUGGGUGUUCAGAAUUGUUAUUUCCCUAUUUUUGUAUCUAAAGCUGUGUUGGAGAAAGAGAAAACACACAUUGCUGAUUUUGCACCAGAGGUCGCUUGGGUGACAAAAUCGGGUGAUUCUGAUAUGGCUGAACCCAUUGCUGUUAGGCCAACUUCUGAAACUGUCAUGUACCCAGCUUAUGCAAAAUGGAUUCAAUCUUACAGAGAUCUUCCAAUAAAACUUAACCAAUGGAACAAUGUUGUUAGGUGGGAAUUCAAACAUCCUCAACCAUUUUUAAGAACCAGAGAAUUUUUGUGGCAAGAAGGACACACGGCUUUUGCCGAGAAAAACGAGGCUGAUGUAGAAGUUAAAACAAUUUUAGAUUUGUAUGCUAGGAUAUACACUGAUCUCUUGGCCAUACCUGUAGUGAAAGGUCGAAAAACUGAAAAAGAAAAAUUCGCUGGAGGCGACUACACUCUAACUGUAGAAGCUUUUGUUUCCGCUAGCGGUAGAGCUAUUCAAGGAGCUACAUCGCAUCAUUUAGGGCAAAACUUCUCAAAAAUGUUUGAUAUCAUUUAUGAACAUCCCGAGACGCAAGAAAAAGCCUAUGUCUAUCAAAAUUCAUGGGGUGUGACAACCAGAACGAUAGGUGUAAUGGUAAUGAUUCAUGCAGACAAUCAAGGGUUAGUUUUACCCCCUAGAGUUGCAUCCAUUCAAGUUGCUAUCGUUCCCUGUGGCAUAACAGUAAAUCUCUCUGAAGACUCUCGUAAGCAAUUGCAAUCUUCUUGUGAUGCAUUGGAGGAAGAUUUAAAGAAAGCAGGGAUUAGAGUGAAAGGAGAUUAUAGAGAUAACUAUUCGCCUGGAUGGAAGUUCAAUCAUUGGGAACUUAAGGGUGUACCACUGAGAAUUGAAUUGGGACCAAAAGACAUCGAGAAGAAUCAACUUGUAGCAGUCAGAAGAGACACUGGUGAAAAGAUCACCAUAUCUCGAGCGAAUGCUGUGAUCAAACUUCAAGAGUUGUUAAAUGACAUCCAAAAUAGUUUAUACAAAAAAGCUUGUAAUGACUUGGAGACGCACAAGAUCAUCUUGACCGAUUGGUCUAAAUUUGGUCCAGCACUCGACAAGAAAAAUAUAAUUUUAGCACCAUUCUGUGGCGAGAUUAGUUGUGAAGACAAAAUAAAAGCUGAUAGCACACGCGAUGAUAGCGAAUCGGUAGAACCAGGCGCGCCAUCUAUGGGUGCAAAAUCGCUGUGCAUACCUUUAGAACAACCUGCUCCAAUCAAACCAUCUGAUAAGUGUAUCCAUCCUGAUUGUAAGAAUAAACCAAUUUAUUACACCUUAUUUGGAAGAAGUUAUUAAUCGUUUCUAAUUAUUAUUACUAACAAAAAUGUUUUGUUUUUUUUUUUAAUAAUAAAAGUUUUAAAAUUUAA